AGUGGUAUUUUAAAGACAAUAGAGUGAAUUGAAAAUUAAAACAGCUGUUGAUCCAAAAUAAGGACGUUUAUCAUUUAUACAUUUGAAACAUAGAUUAACAUAUUUGUGUUCAAGUAUUGCUCGUGUAUUCAGUUAUAUUAAAUUAUAUUGUGAAUAUUCGAGAAAAUGUCUAGACACAGAAAUAUUAGAUCUAUGGAUUUUGAAGAAGAGUGUGAUGCAUUUGAUGAUGUAUAUGGCCAUUCAGUGGAGGAUGAUUAUAGUAUGUCACCAAGCCAAGCUGCUUUUAUGUACAAUAGAAAUAAUAUACAAAUUGGAUCAUACCUGAACUCUCAAAAAGAUAUUGAAGAGGAAGAUGAAGAGAUAGAAAGUAACGAAGAGUUAAAAAAAGCUAAACUUGAAUCAUGUGUUGAACAAAUUAGAGGGACAUUGGGAACAACCAUGACUCGACAGCAAAUAGUUGAUGCAGUAGUGGGUUUUGACUACAAUGUGGAGCGUGCACUGAAUUCACUUCUCAAUGAAAAUCCCAAGACACAGGAGAGCAAUAGGUCUUCAAAAGUGCAAACAGAAGAUCUUCCAAGCUCUAAAGUCGUGGGGGGAUCGAGCGGAGCUCAAGGUAAGACCAGGACCGUGACCAAAGGCUUCGACGUUGUUGUUCAGAAGGAUGUGUCCCGUUUGAGCAGCACUCCAGAUUCCCAGAGUCCAGCCUCGGGCAGAGGAACUCCUGUCAAUGUUGACGAGGAAUUAAACAAGAAGUGGGAGCCCAAGAUUGACGUUCUUGCCCAGUAUAAGAAGGACAGAAGCGAUUCGAAGCAGCAUUUGUAUAUGAUUGUGAUCGGUCACGUAGAUGCAGGAAAAAGCACUUUGAUGGGACAUCUCCUUUGCUCUCUAGGACAGGUACAUCAGAAAGUUAUGCACAAGUAUGAACAGGAAAGCCGCAAGUUGGGCAAACAGAGCUUCAUGUAUGCGUGGGUUCUGGAUGAGACCGGUGAGGAGAGAAACAGAGGUAUCACAAUGGACGUAGGACGUUCACAGUUUGAAACUCAAAACAAAUUGGUGACGUUACUGGAUGCUCCUGGCCAUAAAGAUUUUAUUCCCAACAUGAUAUCUGGUGCUGGUCAGGCAGAUGUGGCUUUGCUUGUGGUGGACGCAACUCGAGGCGAGUUUGAAACUGGUUUCGAUUUCGGAGGUCAAACUAGGGAGCACGCAUUGCUCGUGAGGUCGUUAGGCGUUUCUCAAUUAGCGGUUGCCAUAAACAAACUUGACACCGUCUCCUGGUCAAAGGAACGAUUCGACGAUAUUAAGGAUAAGCUUAAGGUGUUCCUCAAGCAGGCUGGUUUUCGUGAGGCCGAUGUCACAUUCGUGCCUUGUAGCGGUUUGUCCGGACAGAACUUGGUCAAAAAAUCUACGGAAAACGAAUUGAUCUCAUGGUAUAAUGGUUCCACACUGCUCGAAGUCAUCGAUAAUUUUAGGCCUCCAGAACGCCCAAUAUCCAAACCGCUCAGGUUUUCCAUCAACGACAUUUUUAAGGGAGUGGGAUCUAGAUUGUGCGUUUCAGGUCGGGUCGAAACGGGUUGUUUGUCUGCUGGUGACCGUGUCUUGCUAUGUCCCAGCCGCGAAAUAGCAACGGUAAAGUCGAUUACGUUGGAGGACGUACCCUAUCCAGUGGUUUACGCAGGUGAUCAACCAACGGUGACUCUCUCGGGUGUUGAAAUGGAGAAUGUUAGCGUUGGCUACAUUAUGUGCGAUAUUCAAAGUCCAGUUCAAGUGGCUUCCAAGUUCCAAUGUAGAAUCGUUGUCUUCAACGUUAAGGUACCAAUAACAAAAGGAUAUCCGAUUGUCUUGCAUCAUCAAUCUCUGAUGGAGCCUGCGUCCUUUAGCAAGUUAAUAUCUCAACUGAAUAAGAGUACUGGAGAGGUGGUGAAGAAGCGUCCCAGAUUCUUAAGUAAUAACACUAGCGCCAUGGUAGAAAUCCAAGUGUCCAGGCCAAUAGCUUUAGAGAUGUACAGCGAAUACAAAGAGCUGGGAAGAGUAACCCUCAGAGUCGGAGGUCUGACCAUUGCCGCUGGUCUCAUAACUAAAAUCAUCUUAUAAAUGUAUUUGAAAUAAAAUCGACCAAACAGUUGAUUGUGCAAUAUACGCUUAUUGAAUACAAUUUUUAAAUAUUACUACCAGAGCCCUCUGUACAACAUAUAACUAGAGAAUACUUUAUUAUAACAUUAUUAUAUUAAAAAUAAAAUUCGAAUAUUCGA